GUCGGACCUACCUCGAUGUCUUUUGCGUUGUCGUGCGACCCGGAUGCUAGCACAAUCACCAUGCUAGUACAAUCCACCGAACCUUGACUCAUCCCACAAGCGUCCCACCGGCUAUCUGCUACCGUUGCGAUGCCAUGGCAGACCGCCGCUCCGACCGUUGCACACCACCACCUAGCACCUAGCCCGCCCACACGACGGCUCGCCAUGGGACCCUCAUUACCUUGCCGACCAACGGUCGCUCAGAGAGCUCCUUCACCACGGCCCCGUGACUGUGUGGUCCUGCGGCCAGCCGCAUCUUUUGUGUCUGGUGUUCCACUAUCACCAUGGUCUCAUCGAAGCGUGGAUGCCAAAGGCGAAUCAGCGCGCGAAGACGACUUCCCACGACCAGACUAUCAGACCGCAAGUUGUGCAAGCAUCAAGCCUGCCCCCCCAGCAACCUCGAUGAACCGCGCCAAGCAGAACAGAAUUUCUUUCUCUUGUGCUACGUGCUGCAUAGUUCGUGAAAUACCAGCAGAACGGCUACCGUUCCACAAAUCCGUGCAUUACGAAGAGUCACAAACUGCUCGUGAGCAUCCGGCUCCGAAAGCUCUGCGCAUGGCGCUCAAGACCUGGUUAGAUUUUCAUCACUACUACCCUAAGUGGUGCCCGAAAGCGAGUGAUGAAAUUUUCCAAUUGUGCCGUUGGCCAGAUUGGCCAUCUCAAUCUAUUUCGCCUCAUCCCCAUCACCCCAGGGAAUCCAACAGGAUGCAUGGAAGGCAGUAUCAUAUCCAGAUACCGGGGAACGAUAGCGGCUUUCAGCGGGAACAUGGCGGCCAAAGCAUGAAUGCGCAUUGUCAGCAAGCGGUAUCACAUCCCGAACGGGUCUCGCCUCACCUGUCUUGCAAGCAUGACGAAGGCCCACUAAUUAUGGGCAUUUACCUUGAGCCGGCAACAUAAUUAAGGGCCUAUACUUAGCACCGGCCCUUCCCUGUCACCCACCGAGAUUUCCUAGCCGGUGGCUUGCCCCACAGUGUAAGCUAGGACGAUGAAUGCUGUCAUUGGAUACACAAGUCGACUAGAGAAAGCUUGUCCUGCAAAUUCCAACCCCGUCAACAUGCACAAGCGACUUGCUUCGCGUGGGAGCGCACGCUGACUGGAUGCCACUGCCUGUCGUGCCAUGCUAACUCGCCGCGUUACUCGAAGGCUCACCCACUCUACUUCCAAGGUUGUCCUCUACCGCGUAGCUCGGGAAAACACCAUCAACCGACCUGCCGUGUUUGGUCGACAAUGCGGU